AUGCAAGACAAAACGAAAGGGCACGUCGAAAAGAAUGCACUCGAAAGAAUUUCCAAGAUUGUGAACAAUCCACUCUUUGCAACCAACAAGGUUGAAUUUGAUUUAAUAGUUACAGCGAGUGGAAAUUGGGAAACCUAUUCCAAAAAGUUUCUUGACAUCAUUGGGUCAUAUUCAAGAGUGGAAAACAAACCAGUAUUGUACAGCAUUGGGAGAGAAUUCUUUUUUGACAAAAGAGAUGCCACUGCAAGUUUGAACGGUUAUUUGUAUCAAGUGGAUUUGACUGUAAACUAUUGGCUUGACACAUUACGUGAUGAGAAUAGUGACAAGUGCGUGAUGCUCGAGUUUGGAGAGGACAUUGCUGUUUUGCCGAUUCAGUCUGUUUUGGAUAUUGAACGCUUUUCUGGAAAAAGUGAGCCACAACGUAAUUCCAUCACUGAUGAUUCUCUAUCAACACCUCUCUUGAUAUUUGAACAAGCAAAAUUGUACAAGAAACCAAUACCUUUUAACUCUGACUGUAUUUGUGACAUUUUAUUCAAUUAUUACACAACUAUCUCUAGCCACUCAAGCAAACAUUAUCUAUCGAUUUACCACUAA